UUCCUCACCAUAGACAAGAAAGCGCUCUCUUCCCUCUGCUCGCGCCAAGUGCAGUGGAGGAUUCGAUGCUACGAAGAGAAUGGCUCGAGCGGACAUACUCUUACCGCGAACGCCACCCUUCCUCCUCCUCCAUCCGCCGAGGACGUCCCGGCCCCUUUGUUCGCCGGUUCCGUCCGACCGAGACACUCGCGAGUGACGGAGGUGGUCUCGGAGGCCAAGGAAGUACGGGUGUGCGUGAACAGGACAUGCAGCCGGAGCGGGUCGAGGGAGACGCUGGCCCUGCUGGAGGCGCUCGCGCCCCCGGGCAUGUCCGUGGUGUCCUGCGGGUGCCUCGGGCUCUGCGGCUCGGGCCCGAACGUGGCGAUCCUCCCCGACGAGGUGGUAAUCCGUCACUGCUCCACCGCGUCCCGGGUCGCUGACCUCCUAACGGCAUAUUGCGGCUUCUCCAACCCGGCGGCGGGCCUGGAGGCGCUAGCCCUCAGGAAGAGAGCAGAGGGCGAGAUGGACAGUGGGAAUUUAGCCGGGGCCAUCGCCCUGCUAAACCAGGCUGUUGAUCUUAAACCGGCUGGAGGUAUGCAGUUUAUCUAUAAAGCCAGGUCUGCUGCACAGUUAGGUAUGGGUGACCAUUCUGGUGCUCUCCAAGAUGCCAUUGAAGCUUCAAAAAUUGCUCCAGACUACCCUCAGGCUUACAUUUGCCAAGGUGAUGUUUUCUUUGCAAUGGAAGAAUAUGAUGCAGCUGCAAAAGCAUAUUCAACUGCUUUGCAAAUUGACCCAUCAAUUCGUCGUUCAAAAUCUUAUAAGGCACGGAUUGCCAAGCUUCAAGCAAAGACGUCUGCUGCUAAUGUGUCUUGACUUGCAAAUGUCCAUGACUGAGUCUUGAUGAGAGGAUGUUAUCGGGUGGGAUUUUCCACUUUUGGCUUGUAAGAUUGAAGUUGAGGCUCUAACAUUGGACACAUUGGAUUAUCUUUGUAAAUGCCUGUACAUUAGUUGAUUUACUAUGUCUUAUGUUCCUAUAAGUAUGGAAAGAGCAGGUGCCGCAUUGGUCAUCUUUAUAAA